AUGAGCAACAAGAGCACGCCUGUGCAGCAACGCAUUCACCAAUUUCAGGCGCGAGCACGUGGCACUAGCACACCGGGCCUAAAAUCCGCAUCAGUAACAACGUUUGGAAGUGCGGGUGGCUUACGACGGAAAGUGUUGGCUACUCGGACCCCAAAACGAAGCCCGGAGAAGGUGCAUAGCAUACAAGCGGAACAAUUAUUAAAUACGGCCUUCACCGGCGGAGUUUCCACCCCUCGAAGCGGCCCAGUGCCGAAAUCUACAGUUCUUAAUGCAUGCUACACUCCGUCGUCCCUGUAUCGGAACCCCAAUGCUGGGAGAUCGACGCCAGCUCAUCAACAAACGCCCAGCACACAUGGAAAGUCGGCCAACAAGGUGAAGGAGAAGGACGCGCUGCUGGAGUCAUCGAGCAGCAAUGCCGAGGAGAGCAACAUGAUUGUAGCAGUCCGUGUGCGUCCGCUGAAAGCUCUGGAAUGCACGCGCAAUAUAACCAAUGUAGUCCACGUGAAUAGCAACAACAACGAGCUAACUGUACAGGCGGGCACCACUGCUGAUGCCUCGGCGGGCGUAACACACUUCUUCAGUUACGAUCAGGUGUACUAUUCCUGCGAUCCCGAGCUCGAGAACUACGCCUGUCAGACUAAAGUCUUCGAGGGGACCGCACAGCCGCUGAUAGACACUGCCUUUGAAGGCUACAACGCGUGUUUGUUUGCUUAUGGACAGACCGGAUCGGGCAAAUCCUACAGCAUGAUGGGCAUCGAGGCAUUAGAUGAUGCUGCACUCGACGGCAACGCCCCACACGCAGAGGCAGGCAUCAUACCGCGCUUCUGCCAUGAGCUCUUUCGCCGCAUCGAAAUGGUUAAGCACAAGCUGCAGGUAGAAAUCGAAGUCAGCUACUUUGAGAUCUACAACGAAAAGAUACACGAUCUGCUCUGUGUACAACAGGCUGCGGUAGCAAGCCAACCAGACGUAGGAAUGCAACGACAGGCUCUGAAGGUGCGGGAGCAUCCCAUCUGGGGACCCUACGUGGUGGAUCUAAGCGUACACUCCGUGGAUACAUACGCUGCUCUGCGCAACUGGCUGGCCGUUGGUAACUCUCAGCGAGCCACCGCAUCGACCGCCAUGAAUGAUAAGAGCUCGCGUUCGCAUUCCAUUUUCAACAUAGUCUUGAAUUUGACCGAUUUGAGGCCCAAUAAUAAUGGGGCUGAUGUGAAUUUGGACCCGGGCUCGGACACAAUCUUAUCGACUCGUCGCAGCAAGAUCAGUUUGGUAGAUUUGGCGGGCAGCGAGCGCAUCAGCUACUCGGGAUCUAAUGGCGAACGCAUUCGGGAGGGCGUCAGCAUUAACAAGAGCCUCCUUACCUUGGGAAAAGUGAUAGCAGCGCUGGCGGACAGCAGAAAAGUAGCUAGCGGCUCCACUCCCUCCACAUUUGUGCCAUAUAGAGAGAGUGUGCUCACUUGGCUAUUGAGGGAAAACCUCGGCGGUAAUUCAAAAACAGUUAUGUUGGCCACAAUAUCGCCAGCCAGUUUGCAUGUGGAGGAAACUUUGGCGACUUUACGCUAUGCCUGCAAGGCACGUUCCAUUGUAAAUCGCGUUAAGGUCAACGAAUCGCCGCAUGAUAAGAUCAUUCGUGACUUACGAGCCGAGGUGGACCGCCUGAAGUCGCUUAGGAACGAAUAUGAGCGCCAGCGACGCCUUUCGGGCAACAACAGCAACCCGGUGCCGCGUAAGAUCAUUAUCGAAACGUCUGUAGAUGACAGCGAGGUGGAGGCAUUGCGUCAGCAGUUGGCCGAGCGAGAGCGCGAGCUGAAUAGGGCGCAGAAAUCAUGGAUGGAGAAGCUGCAGGAGGCUGAGGAUCAACGGAAGUCGGAGCUACGCUUAUUGAAACGCAAAGGAUUGGCUCUGGAAUUGGCGGCCGAGCAGAAACAGGCUUGUCUCGUCAAUUUGACGGCAGAUCCCAUAUUGAGCGGCACACUCUUCUAUUUACUACCGCCGGGUGAGGUGAGAGUGGGACGUGGACGCCUUUCGGGCGGCAGUCUACCGGACAUCGUUCUGGACGGUCCACUUGUGGCCUUGCAACAUUGCCUCAUUGAGCACGAACGUGGCGGCAAGCUUUUUGUCACGCCAGGCAGCGAGGACUUUGAGACCUAUGUGAAUGGAGAGCUACUCCAGCAAAGACAGCAGCUGUUCCAUGGUGAUCGUUUGGUGAUUGGUGGCUCCCACUAUUUUCGCAUCUCAAAUCCUUUUUGCACGUUGCGCUCCCAAGCACAGCUCGUGGAUUUCCAAUUGGCCCACCAGGAAAUCCUGCAGAAGCAGGAGCAGCAGCUCCGCUCUGAGCUAGAGGCGGAAAAACGCGCCGCCCUAUCGCGCAUUGAACAGGAACGCGCUCAGCACGCUCGCGAUUUUGAAGAGCGACUGCAGUGCCUGGAAUUGGAACAGUUCAAAUAUAAAUGCAACAGUGAGCUAUUGGAAACGGAGCGCCUGGCUCUAGCACAGCAACAACAACGACCAAAUGAAGAAGCUGCCUGCUCCACGCCAGCCCAAAAGUCCACGCUGUUGGAGGACAUUCAGCGCAUUAUGCUGAAUCCCAGCGAGGAGAGUCUGCACAAGACACAGCUGAUGGUUAAGGAGGCCACACAACGCUGUCGUCAGCUUGGCCUGCUAUUGGAGUUCCGUCAGACCCAAACACCCGACGAGUUCGGACUACUGCGCACGGUAAUACUCAUAUUGGACAAGAGGCAAGGGUUGAAAGCCGAGUGGCCCAUUGCCCGCUUGAGCGUCUGGCUGGACAUGAUGCGACAGGAGCAGCCUAGUGUGCAGAACGUGUUCCAGAAUGUGGAGCUAGAUUGGCAGGCGAUCGAUGCUGAUCUAAACGAAACGCUAAAUGAGCCCCACAAUUCCAGUCGUAUUGCACUAAACUUGAGUGCCAUGAAGGACGUGCUACUCAAGCAACCAUUGCGCCGACUUUUUAGCAGCACCAACAACACGCCAGCGAAGCGUACCUCCACGCCCUCCAAAACCCCUGCUAGUGCAUCACCGAAUCUAUCCAACAAGCUGGCACAAUAUGCGAAACGUUCGCUUACUUACGACGCAGAGGAUGUCGACAGCUCCAGUUUUACGAUUCUGGCCCACCAGGAGCUGUUGGUGAUGCAGCGGGCGGCGCAACGAUUGCGUCACCAUUGCGAACAGGCUGUACUCGAACGUGAGAAUCAGCAGGAUGCGGGUGUGUUGGCGGAGAGCUUGCAGGACGCGCUCGACCGCUUGGACACUGUCUUGCACGGCCUGCGCAACUGCCUGACGCCAACAUCGCCAACGAAACAAACACAGAAGGUAGUGCGAUUUCUAAUUGAUUGACGACGCAACGCUGAAGAUACUUUUUAGUCUAAAUUCUGUACACGCUUGACUUGAAGGCAAUUGAUUUUGGUUGUU